AUGAAACUAAUAAAUAUAAUAAGUUUACAAUUAAUGAUUUUAAAAUGUAACAGCAGUGAUACUAUAGAGAAAUCUACAGAUUCAUCUAAUAAUGAUUAUCAGUAUGAAAAAGAUUUAGAGAAAUUGAGAAUGGGAGCAAUUGAUACAUUCACUAAAAUUUUAAAGUUCAUUUAUAUAUUUAAAUAUGAUAGUAAUUGUUGUAUAAUUAUGAAUAAUAAUAUAAACAAACCUAGUAAUUAUACCGAUUAUAAAAAAGCUCUCAUUGAUUUAAUUGUACUAAUUAAAGCGAAUCCUAUUCAAAAAACGGAAUCUUUUAAUUUGUUCUUAGGAAAAUUUUCUAAUGAUGAUUCCAAAAUAAUUAAAUCAGAAAUUAACUCGAUAUUUGAGGUUUUUUCAAAUGUAAAUUUAGAUGAAUUAAAGAAAUGUAAUUUUGAUGAGGCACUAAACUUAAUUAAGAAACAUCUUUUCAUUCAUAUUUAUGUUCUUUUAUCAGAAAAAAUAUCUGAUAUUGAAUAUUUCUUUCAAUCAGUUGCAUUUCAAUCUAAUAACUUAAGUAAUAUAAUUAAAGAAUGUGAAGAUUCAUAUGAAAGUAUUUAUACUUUUGAUCAAAUAAAAAGGUUAUAUGAUGCAAUUGAUAAAGAAGAUAAUAAUGGCGAUAUAGAAAAGAAUAAUUUUGAUAAAGUUAAAAGUACCAUUUUAGAAAUUUUUAGUUUGAAAAAUGCAAUUAAUUGUCUACUUCUUUUUAUUCAGUAUACAAACCUUGAUGAUAGUAUGCUCGAAAGUCCUAAUGCAGUGUUGCAUGAAUUUUACAAUAAUAUAAUAGCAGAAAGGAUUAGAAAAUUUGUUGAGGGUUCUAUCGAACGUGUAGGAGAUAUGGUAUAUGGUGAUGAUAAAUAUAAUUUCUUUGAUAAUAAAUGUACAAAUCCAUUAGACAAAUAUUUUAUAAGAUAUUAUGAUAGAGGUGUCUCGUUAGAUAGAAUUGGUGAUGUUUUAAAUAAUCAUUUUAAAGAAAUCAUGUACUUUUAUUUAGCAUUUAAAAAAGAUUUUAAUAAAGAUAAAUGGAAUCCAGAAAAUGAUUAUGGUAUUACUUAUUUUUUAGAACGUAAUGAAAAAGGAUAUAGAUUAAAAGAGAAAAAUACUUACGCUGGUAAAAUAGUUUAUUUUUUUAAUUUAGAAGAAGAUGAAAUUAUAUUUAAAAGAACAGUAAUGUUUCUGAGGUUAAAGCAAUUCCUUGGUUUGAAAUUAAUAAGAAGAGUAAUAGAAGUUUUUUAUCAAAAAUUAUUUGUUGUUUUAAGAAAAAAGAUAAGGAAGUUAAGGAAAAAUUUGAUUAUGUUGAAGAAACUAAAUCAAUAA